CGUGAUGUGCGUGGCGACGUGUCGGCCAUCUUGUGUUGUUGAGGCUGAGGACUGACUUGGGUUCUGAGAGACUCCCUGUCCCGGACCGCAGUGUUAAAAGGACCUGAACAAAGUCUGCUCCAAUCCCUGCUGUGAACCAGCAGAACUUUUGAACAGGUUUCUCCAGAUAUAAAAAUCUUGUGAAAAUACGGAAAAGAAUGGCAGCAGAAACACAGACACUGAACUUUGGGCCUGAAUGGCUCCGUGCUCUGUCCAGCGGUGGGAGUAUUACGUCCCCUCCUCUCUCUCCAGCAUUGCCGAAGUAUAAAUUAGCAGAUUAUCGUUAUGGCAGAGAGGAAAUGUUAGCACUUUUCCUUAAAGACAAUAAGAUACCUUCAGACCUUCUGGAUAAAGAAUUUCUGCCUAUCCUGCAGGAGGAGCCCUUGCUGCCAUUGGCUCUUGUACCCUUCACAGAAGAAGAACAGAGAAACUUUUCCAUGUCUGUAAAUAGUGCUGCUGUCCUGCGAUUGACAGGACGAGGAGGAGGAGGAACAGUGGUGGGGGCUCCUAGAGGUCGAAGUUCUUCAAGAGGGCGAGGCAGAGGCAGAGGUGAAUGUGGUUUCUACCAAAGAAGUUUUGAUGAAGUAGAGGGUGUGUUUGGUCGAGGAGGUGGCAGGGAAAUGCAUAGAUCACAGAGCUGGGAAGAAAGGGGUGACAGACGUUUUGAAAAACCAGGACGAAAAGAUGUAGGGAGACCAAAUUUUGAAGAAGGUGGACCAACAUCUGUGGGGAGAAAGCAUGAGUUUAUACGAUCAGAGAGUGAAAACUGGCGUAUCUUCAGAGAGGAGCAAAAUGGUGAAGAUGAGGAUGGAGGCUGGCGACUAGCUGGGGCCAGGAGAGACGGUGAGAGGUGGCGGCCUCACAGUCCUGAUGGCCCUCGUUCUGCGGGCUGGCGGGAACACAUGGAACGGCGUAGAAGGUUUGAGUUUGAUUUUCGAGAUCGGGACGAUGAGCGGGGCUACCGCAGGGUGCGCUCUGGCAGCGGAAGCGUAGACGACGACAGGGACAGCUUGCCAGAAUGGUGCUUAGAGGAUGCCGACGAGGAGAUGGGCACGUUCGACUCGUCAGGAGCAUUCCUGUCUCUCAAAAAAGUGCAGAAAGAGCCUAUUCCAGAGGAGCAGGAGAUGGACUUCCGACCCGUGGAGGAAGGGGAGGAGUGUUCGGACUCUGAAGGUAGCCAUAAAGAAGAGGCCAAAGAACCUGAUAAGAUAACCAAGAGAGAGGGGGAGAAAACAGAUGGUGCAGGAGCUGAAGCUAGUGAGGAAACAUCUCAGACCUCAUCCUCGCCUGCUAGACCAGGUACUCCCUCCGGUCACCAGCCUCAGGAAGCAUCACAGUUUGAAAGGAAAGAGGAGCCCCAAACGGAGCAGGUGCAAGAAGCUGAAGAGGAAAGUCGGACGGAAAACAGUCUCCCAGCCAGUGUGCCCAGCAGAGGGGAUGAAAUGGUUCCUGAUGUCCAGCAGCCCCUGUCUCAGAUUCCUUCAGAUCCAGCCUCUCCUCUCCUCAUACUUCCACCUCCUGUUCCCAGUCCCAGUCCUGCCCUCCGGCCAGUUGAAAUGCCAGUCGUGGGUGCUCCUGGUAUGGGCAGCGUUUCCACAGAGCCAGAUGAUGAGGAGGGUCUCAAACACUUGGAGCAGCAAGCUGAAAAGAUGGUGGCUUAUCUCCAAGAUAGUGCUCUAGACGAUGAGAGGCUGGCAUCAAAGCUGCAAGAGCACAGAGCUAAAGGAGUGUCAGUUCCAUUGAUGCAUGAAGCGAUGCAAAAGUGGUAUUACAAAGAUCCUCAGGGAGAAAUUCAAGGUCCCUUCAAUAACCAGGAGAUGGCGGAAUGGUUCCAGGCUGGCUAUUUCACUAUGUCUUUGCUGGUGAAGAGAGCUUGUGAUGAAAGCUUCCAGCCUCUUGGUGAUAUCAUGAAGAUGUGGGGGAGGGUUCCCUUCUCUCCAGGCCCAGCUCCCCCUCCUCAUAUGGGAGAAUUGGACCAGGAACGACUGACCAGGCAACAGGAACUCACAGCCUUGUACCAGAUGCAGCACCUCCAGUACCAGCAGUUCUUAAUACAACAACAGUACGCACAGGUUUUGGCUCAACAGCAGAAAGCAGCCUUGUCCUCCCAGCAGCAGCAGCAGUUGGCACUUCUUCUCCAGCAGUUCCAGGCUCUGAAGAUGAGAAUAUCUGAUCAGAACAUCAUUCCCUCAGUAGCUAGGUCUGUGUCGGUGCCGGAUACUGGCUCUAUCUGGGAGCUUCAGCCAGCAGCCUCACAGCCUACAGUUUGGGAAGGUGGUAGCGUGUGGGACCUCCCCCUGGACACCGCGCCCUCAGGCCCUGCCCUGGAGCAGCUGCAGCAGCUGGAGAAGGCCAAAGCUGCCAAGCUGGAACAGGAGAGAAGAGAGGCGGAAAUGCGGGCAAAACGGGAAGAGGAAGAGCGGAAGAGACAAGACGAGCUCCGGAGGCAGCAGGAGGAAAUUCUCCGGAGACAACAGGAGGAAGAAAGGAAGAGACGGGAGGAAGAAGAGCUCGCAAGGAGGAAGCAGGAAGAAGCUCUGCGACGCCAGAGGGAACAGGAGCUGGCUCUGAGGCGGCAGCGGGAAGAGGAGGAGAGGCAGCAGCAGGAAGAGGCUCUCAGAAGACUGGAGGAAAGGAGGAGAGAAGAGGAGGAGAGGCGGAAGCAGGAGGAGUUGCUACGCAAGCAGGAAGAGGAGGCUGCUAAAUGGGCACGAGAAGAAGAAGAAGCCCAGCGCCGACUGGAAGAGAACCGGCUGCGGAUGGAGGAGGAGGCAGCCCGGCUGCGGCAUGAGGAGGAAGAGCGGAAGAGGAAGGAGCUGGAGCUGCAGCGGCAGAAGGAGCUCAUGCGCCAGAGGCAGCAGCAGCAGGAGGCUCUCCGCAGGCUGCAGCAGCAGCAGCAGCAGCAGCAGCUGGCGCAGAUGAAGCUUCCCUCAUCUUCAACGUGGGGCCAGCAGUCCAAUACCACAACCUGCCAGUCUCAGACCACGCUGUCAUUGGCUGAAAUCCAAAAACUGGAAGAGGAACGAGAACGGCAGCUCCGAGAAGAGCAGCGGCGACAGCAGAGGGAGCUGAUGAAGGCGCUCCAGCAGCAGCAGCAGCAGCAGCAGCAGAAGCUCUCGGGCUGGGGCAACGUCAGCAAGCCGGCGGGCAGCGCCAAGUCCCUCCUGGAGAUCCAGCAGGAGGAGGCCAGGCAGAUGCAGCAGCAGCAGCAGCACCAGCAGCCGCCAAGCAGGGGCCGGAACAGCACACAUUCCAACCUGCACACCAGCAUUGGGAAUUCUGUUUGGGGCUCUAUCAACACUGGUCCUCCUAACCAGUGGGCAUCUGACCUUGUCAGCAGUAUCUGGAGUAACGCGGACACUAAAAACUCCAACAUGGGAUUCUGGGAUGAUGCAGUGAAAGAAGUGGGACCUAGGAAUUCAGCAAAUAAAAAUAAAAACAACGCCGGGCUCAGUAAAUCUGUAGGUGUGUCUAACCGGCAGAAUAAGAAAGUAGAAGAAGAAGAAAAGUUGCUGAAGCUCUUUCAGGGAGUAAAUAAAGCCCAAGAUGGAUUUACCCAGUGGUGUGAACAGAUGCUUCAUGCCCUCAAUACGGCAAACAACUUGGAUGUUCCCACAUUUGUUUCUUUUCUAAAAGAAGUAGAGUCUCCUUAUGAAGUCCACGAUUAUAUCAGGGCCUACUUAGGGGAUACUUCUGAAGCCAAGGAGUUUGCCAAGCAGUUCCUUGAGCGCCGUGCCAAACAGAAAGCCAGCCAGCAGCGCCAGCAGCAGCAGCAGCCGCCGCAGCCACAGCCACAGCAGCCGCCGCCGCCGCCGCAGGACUCUGUGUGGGGGAUGAACCACAGCACACUCCAUUCAGUAUUUCAGACCAAUCAGAGCAACAGCCAACAAUCCAAUUUUGAGGCUGUGCAAAGCGGCAAGAAGAAGAAAAAGCAGAAGAUGGUCCGAGCAGAUCCCAGUUUGUUAGGGUUUUCAGUCAAUGCCUCAUCGGAGCGACUCAAUAUGGGUGAAAUCGAGACUUUGGACGACUACUGAGCGCCCGCGGUAGCCUGGCCCUCCCUCUCCUGCUGCUGCCUGUGGAUUCUCCACCUUGGGACACAACAGUCACUCACCACCUGCUCUUUAUCUGUGCAACAAACCACAGAACCCAUCCUCUCAGGCUUUUUCUUCCAGCCCUUUGUGUCCACAAUUCUUUAAACCAUUUGUGUUGGUGAGCAUCGAGACUCGCUACGUGACCGUCCCUUUGUCUCGGGUGGCAGGUGGGGUUCCUCCCCAGCCAGGCUGAUUGUGGGCGGUGCUUCCAUCUGCUGUCUCCCAGAGGGUGUCCUGGGCUCUGCCAGGAGCAGCUUGCUUCUGUCACUUUUCCCCUCCUGUUUUGUUUUUGGUUGUUCUGUUUUGUUUUCUUUCUCUUCUUCAUUUCCCCGAUAAGGGCAAGAGGUCUCACUGGUGCAAUUGUGAAGAGAGCUAAUGGUUAACAGACACUGGCCAGCACCGAGCACCCUGUGGACUGUGGCUCGGAUGUCCGGCAGAGACGGUCAGAGCUCCCCGGUGCGAGGGUGGCUGCCCGGGCUGGGAUUGCUCAGCGGCCCCGAGCGGGGUGGAGUUGAGAUCGGAUUGGCUUGACGGUGCACGCCCCUCGCCUGCUCCUCCUCAGCAUCUUUUUGGAGAAAGGAUCUCUGUUUUCUUCACUAGCUAGUGACUUCCAGGCAAGCUCACGUCUCCCCGGCUUUCUCCAACCUGAUUGGACAAAGGAAACCCUAUGGCCUGGGAGAGGGACUUAUUCUUAAUUUUUCUUUCUUACAAAAACUGAUUUUUCCCAUAAAUAUUUUUACUUCAGAGGACUAGGACCAGUUUGUUUUGGGCCCUUCUGCUGAAAAUUUGUCUCGUUUAAGAGGCAGCUAGGAUCUUUACCAUAUGUAUGAAUUUGUAUAAUUUCAUUUUGGAUAGGGAUAAACUUUUGCUUCCGAUAAAAGCCCGGAAUUUCAUCUGGUUCCUCAGAGUAUUUGCGUGUGUGUCUUGCUGUGGCCCCACAAAUGUUCUUUUUAAAAAAGAUUCUGGGAUGGCAAGUUGCUUGCCUUUUCUGGAAAAAACGUGCAGACUUGACUGCCUUUCAGAACUUCAUCCGUGGAAGCCGCUGUCCGCGAGGACGCAGGGGGCGCGAGGGGACGGGCGCGAGGGGGCCAGAGCCUGGCUCUGCUUCUGCUCAGGGCCUGCUCGUGCCCUUGCACUCCGGGCAGCUGUGUGCUCAGGCUCCAUGUAAACCAGUCCUCUUCCUGCCGCCACCAGACCCCCCAGAGCAUCGCCUGGUCGCUGGCACGCCGCGGCGGGCGCGUGGUGGGAGCCGUGGCGUGCAGCUCCUGGCCGGAGCACCUGCCUGUGUGUCUGCAUCGCCGGGAGGAGGCGGGAGUCGCUGAGAGCAGUCUGGUCUCGGAGCUGUGUUCCGUUUCUGCUUCUGUUGUUUUGGAUCGCCAUUCUCCAACCCUUCCUGCCUUCCUCCCUCCCUCCCUCCCCAAACGUGUACAAUAACUAUACAGAGACUGCUACAAACUUGUAUAUAGUUUUUGGAUCAAAUAGCAUGAGGAGAUGAGGAACCAUUAAAAAAUUGGGACUCCUGUUCUCCUUUGCUUUGUAAAUUCAAAAGGGGGGUGGGGACGAGGGAUAGUUACAAUGUUUACAGAACUUUAAGCUCCCUCAGAACUUUCGCCAGUGUGGAGGAAAUAAAAGAGAACUUCAAUAAAACCUGGUGGUGUUGUGUCCG